AUGAUGAUUUACGAAAGACUGGAAAACUUCGACCCAGAAAUUGAUAGUCUCAUAAAGGCAGAGGAAGAAAGACAAAGACAGGGACUCGAAUUGAUAGCAAGCGAGAAUUUUGCCUCGGUUAGUGUUCUUCAGGCAAAUGCUUCGGUUUUGACCAACAAGUACUCUGAAGGACAGGUUGGCCAAAGAUAUUACGGUGGUAAUGAGUACAUUGAUGCCAUUGAGACCAUUUGCAAAACCAGAGCUCUGGAGGUGUUCAAUCUUGAUCCAAAUGUCUGGGAUGUGAAUGUGCAGACGCUCUCCGGGACAGCCGCCAAUAUAGCAGUGUAUACGGCACUCGUUGGUAAAGACGGCAAGAUAAUGGGACUUGAUCUCCCCUCAGGUGGCCAUUUAUCCCACGGCUAUCAAACACAGAAGAAGAAGAUAUCGGCCUCGAGUAUAUUUUUCAAUUCAAGGCUAUACAAGAACGGGGGUGAUGGCCAGAUUGACUAUGAAAAACUUGAAAAGGACGCAAGCGAGUUUAAACCUGAUUUAAUAAUUUGCGGUGGAUCAGCCUAUCCUUGCGACUUUGACUAUAGGAGGUUCCGAGAGAUAGCAAAGGACGCCUAUCUGAUGAUGGACAUGGCUCACAUUUCGGGGCUGAUAGCAGCAGGACUGAUGAACAAUCCAUUUGAGUACUGCGAUGUUGUGACAACCACGACACACAAAAUUUUGCGAGGACCAAGAAGCGCUAUGAUAUUUUACAAAAAGAAAGCUUUGAAAAACGGAACGGAGGUGGAUAUCAAGUCUCUGAUUGAUUUCGCAGUAUUUCCAGGACUACAGGGAGGACCCCAUAACCAGAAGAUAGCUGCACUUGCUGUGGCUUUGAAACAAGCAAAUACAGAAGAGUAUCGCACCUAUGUCAAAAAUGUGUAUGAGAAUGCACAAACAAUGUCGGAUCAGUUCAAAAAGAUGGGAUACAGGCUUUAUUCUGGCGGGACCAUGUCUCACCUCAUUUUGGUUUGUCUUGAAAAGGUUGGGGGUUAUGAAGUUGAAAAAGUGUGUGAGAUGGCUAAUAUUUAUCUGAAUAAGAACUGUAUUGCUACGGAUACAUCCCCGUUAAGACCUUCAGGAAUUCGGUUGGGCACGCCUGCAUUAACAACAAGAGGGCUGUGCAAAGAGGAUAUUGUUAGGGUCUGCUUGCUUGUUGAUGAGGCCAUUAAACUCUCAACCGAGCUUUCACUUUCAAGCCGCGACUCUGAGACAGGCAAGCUUGAUACCGAGACGUUUUUGCAAAAAGCCGAGAAGGACUCGAGAAUAGCAGACUUGAAAAGGAGAGUGGUCGAUUUUAUAGUGAAAUUUGACAUUCCCAGGUUUAAUUACCGUCAAUAA